AUAAUGAAUAAACCGCCCAAAACAAUAUUUACAUCAGCUAAAAACAGCUGCCGGGGAGGGACUUGACGUUUGCAUCGUUUGCUCGACAUGACAGCUCUGAUAACCUAAGGUACUCGCAUCACGAGCGCACGCAUCGAGAUGAUAAUAGCGCAAUGAUAAAUUAACAGUUAAGAGCAGAGUUAUUGCAGAAUUAUUUCUAUCGAUCAUUCGAUCCUGAUAAGAAAUUCUUGACGAGAAUAUAAAAAGAUAUAUUUCCGAGGAUUGUCGCGCGUUAAUGUGGUUGAAAAUAAAAUCAGUUUUUUUUUUUUUUUUUUUUUUUNUACCACACAGAGCACAUUUUUUGCGUCAUGCGACAGAGGAAUGCGACACUGUGAAAAAUGGAAACGGUGAGAUAUUACGCGAACUUUAUAAAUCCGCACUGGAUAGCCGUGGUGGCAACGGGACUGUACACACAUAUCCGGCAAAUCUGCGUGAUCGGUCUUUGCAGCAUGCAGGAGAAACCAGCUUUCGAGGCGUACUCGCCGUACGCCUCGCUACUGUUCGUCUUCUCCGUUUUGUGCUUGCUAGCGGAAUACAGACUCUGGCCCAUAACUCUCAAAGAACCGCCCAUUCAACUGCUUUAUAUUUAUGAGAUGUUAAUAGCGGCACUGAGUACCAAUUUGGCAAUUCAUAUGGUGUGGAUACCAAUGAUGGACUCGAUUUAUUGUCUAACUCAAUUGUCCAGUGAGUGGUUGAACCAGCUGAACGAUUCUAUGGGAUUGGAUAGUUACUCCUGGCUGAACACGUUUGCUGAUUACAUGGACACGAACACCGCGCCCAUGUACAUGGCGUAUUGCGUGUCGUUGUUAUCGUUCGCUUGGAUGUUGGACGCGACCGAAUCCUUGGACACGUUUCUGGACACAUGGAGCAAGUAGUGAAUUCUGACACUUCGCGAAUCUUUCUGCAAAUCUCUUAUUCCGCGAACUUACACCGCGACAUGUAAUAAAUGACGUCAUAAAUAAUCGAACAAACGCAAUGAAAUAACGAUUCGAUUUGUGUGUCUCUCUCUCUCUCUUUCUUUCUCGGAAGAAGACACGCGCAGGUCGCGAAUAUUAUUACGAGGCGCCAUCGCAAACGCAAAAGGAAGAAAAUCAGGUUCAGUAAUCCCGAAGUGACACACUCGUUCUUUUACAAACUCUGUCGGAUGAAACCGUUCGUGACAAAUUGCAGAAUGUAAGCUCGUCGACAGUUUGAUGCAUAUUUCUUUUAUUGUUUUAUUAUAACGUCAUUGCUUAUUGUAU